AUGGCUACUAUAGCUGAAACACUGGUGCUGCUCCGGGUCUACGCACUGAGUGGGCGUAAACAAUAUGUCCUGUUUAUUGCUAUACCGCUGAUCAUCGUGCAAUGGGCUCUUCUCAUUUACCAAGACGUCCUGUACAAGAAUGGUACCAGCGACCUUGGCGUCCUGCUUUUUGCUCGUGAACUGGACACGUCUGCGGUUCCGCCACUCCCUGAUAUUGAUGCUUAUCGUCUCUGUAUUGCUAUACCCAGUACACAGAUUGUCAAAGCCGGAGAAACUUUCCUUUCCCUUUUCAUUGUAUACGACGGUUUGGCAGUAUCGUCAAUCAUCUACUUUGUUUCCCAACAGGCCAAGGGUUUUCAUUUAGUGCCAAUACUGGAACUUAUGCAACGCGAUGGGUUAUUGUAUUUCGCGGUCAUGUUUUCAAGUAAUUUUGUUUGGCUGAUGAUGGCAUUACACGCAAGGCCUUCAUUAGGAUUCAUUCAGAAUCAGCCUGCCAUGAUUAUUUCAAGUAUUAUGGUCAACCGAAUCACGAUGAACCUGCAGAAGGCCUCUGAGGAAAAAAUGGACAUCAGUUGGUCCAAUGGUCGACGAACGGUGGACGACGUGGAUAUCUCUGAUUCAAUUUUGCCAGAGAGCGACAUCGAGCUAGGCUCAGUCCAUGAUUCGUAUCACACCAACUCUCACAGAUUGAGUGGUAGUUUAUAUACAGCGAGACAUAAUAAUCAUUAA